AACGCGAAUCAAAAGAGUGGGAAGUUUCUGGUUAUUUCGAAAACAUGGCUACUAUUCACAGAUUGCAACUCGCGAUUAAAUUUGGAAAAAGUCUUUCAAGACCGUUAAGUCAACAUUUUGAAAGACGAAUUUUGGAAAAACAAUAUCAACAGUUUUCAGCUAUAACAGGCAGUUUGGUACAAAGUUAUUCCUCUCAGGCAGCAACAAAAACCACAGAAACUCAUAAUAUUAUACAAGAUAUAGAAAAACCUACAGAGGAAGGAGUUAAACAUGAAUUUCAAUCAGAAACACAGAUGCUUUUACAAAUUGUUGCAAAGUCGUUAUAUUCAAAUAAAGAGGUGUUUCUACGAGAACUAAUUUCCAAUGCAAGCGAUGCACUUGAAAAAUUGAGAUAUAUGCGCUUAAGUGAUUCUAAAGCUGCAGAAAUUAUUGGUGAUAGAAGUUUAGAAAUUCAUAUUGGUACUGAUAAACAAAAUAGGGUACUUAUAAUCCAGGAUACAGGAAUUGGUAUGACUCGAGAAGAAUUAAUAUCAAAUUUAGGAACUAUAGCUAGAUCUGGUUCUAGAGCGUUUUUGGAAAAAUUAAAGGAGAAACAAGAUGUCGGUGAUACAUCCCAAAUUAUUGGACAAUUUGGUGUUGGUUUCUAUAGUGCUUUUAUGGUUGCUGAUAAAGUAGAAGUAUUUACAAAGUCGUAUGCACCAGAUGCUGAAGGACUUUGCUGGGUUUCUGAUGGUUCAAAUGCAUUCAAAAUCUCAAAAGCUGAAGGAGUUCAACCAGGAACAAAAAUUGUUAUACAUCUGAAUCUCGAAUGUCGGGAAUAUAGCGAUGAAGACACGGUGAAUCGUCUCAUCACUAAGUACAGCAACUUUAUCAAUAGUCCUAUUUAUGUUAAUGGCAAAAAAGUUAAUACUAUGCAGGCAUUGUGGAUGCUCGAUCCUAAAGAUAUUACGCCAGCGCAACAUAAAGAGUUUUAUAUGUUCAUUGGAAACUGUUUCGAUUCUCCGCGAUUUACAUUACAUUAUUCAACUGAUGUUCCACUUAAUAUAAGAGCGUUACUAUAUUUCCCAGAACAAAAACCACCGUUAUAUGAUUUUACGAAAGGUGAAGUAAGCGGAGUCUCGUUAUAUAGUCGUAAAGUUUUAAUUAAAAGCAAAGUGGACACUAUUUUGCCAAAGUGGAUGCGUUUCAUCAAAGGAGUAGUUGAUUCGGAAGAUAUUCCUCUUAAUUUAAGUCGUGAAUUGUUACAGAAUAGUACCUUAAUCGGGAAAUUGCGCAAUGUUGUAACUGCGCGAGUUUUAAAAUUUUUGAAUGAAAAAGCUCAGAAACAAACUGAGGAGUAUGACAAAUUUUAUAAAGAUUAUAGUAUUUUCUUAAAAGAAGGUAUUGUGAGCACUGAUGAUCAGAGAGAGAAGGAAAGUAUAGCUAAACUUUUACGAUUUGAGUCAUCUGCAAAACCACCAGAAGAAUUGGUAACUCUAACAGAUUAUUGCGCACGAAUGCCUUCUGAUCAAAACAAGAUUUACUAUUUGUUAGCGCCAAAUCGAAAAUUAGCUGAACAAUCGCCAUAUUACGAAUCUUUAAAGAAAAGGAAUAUCGAAGUACUAUUUUGUUAUGAAGCACAUGAUGAUGUGAUUUUCUUGCACUUAAGACAAUUUAAUUCUCAUAAGCUGACUUCUAUCGAAGAAGAAUUACGUGAAUCAGAUUCAAAAUCUGAUAGUCCUGGUAUUAUUAAUCAAACUGAAAUUAAUGAUCUUAUAACAUACAUGAAGAAAACUUUAUCCGGAAAAGCACACGAUAUUAAAACAACGACUCGACUCGAGUCACAUCCGUGUGUUAUCACAGUCCAAGAAAUGGCAAGUGCAAGACAUUUUGCCCGCAUACAAACUCGUCAAAUGGGAGAUGAUAUGUUAUACACUCUGCUUCGGCCAUGCUUGGAGAUAAAUCCUAAACAUUCCCUUAUUAAAAAGCUUUGUCAGUUAAUGAAAACCGAUACAAAAUUGGCAGAUCUUCUUAUAAAACAGUUAUUCACUAACAGUAUGGUAGAAGCUGGUUUAAUUGAAAAUCCACGUAUAUUAUUAGAAUCAUUGAAUGAAUUACUGACUACAGCUUUAGAGAAACAUCAGUGAAGUCACUGAUUUGCAAAAUUAUUUUUCAAUAAAUUGCACGUUGUAUAUAAAUUAAUUAUACAAGCACUUUAAAUAAAAUAACUAGUUGAUAAUUGUA